AUGGACAGCGACUGGGACGAAGAAGUGACUUCGGAUUUACAUGCUGGUGAAGCUGAAUGGACCAAAAUGUCAUCGGAAUUCACUAAUACCGGGUAUCGUGAGGGCAUAACUGCAGGCAAAGAGGCUGCUUUACAGGAGGGCUUCGACGCUGGAUUUGCCCAGGUAGGCGUGCCCAUAGGACACGAAUUGGGACUCCUCCGGGGCAUCGCGUCCGUUCUUGCAGCAUUUCUCUCUUCUGCAACAGACCAGGGCCAGGAAGAGGCUCGGAGUAUUUCCUCAGCAUUGUCGAGCAUUCGAUUCUCCGAUAUCGCGCCUCGAGACUUGGAGGCGGAGGAGCACGCUCGUGAACAUCUCGAGGACGGCGCGCCCGAACUGGAGGAGAUUGACGAGAAGAAGAAGAUGGAGGAUCUCGAGGAUAUGUUGAAUAGGCUGUCGGCUGGAAAGUCUCUCAGGGCUGACGAGGCACGGCCUACCCUGGAGGAUCUUCAGCAUCUAAGGGAGCGUUUGAAGAAUCUGAUGGAAAGACUGGGCCUGGAUGUGGAAAGAAGUUGA